GGAGGCGGGAGGGAUGUCACAGAUUCCCCCGUUUCCCAGAACGACCCCAGGAAGGAGUGUGACCCCGGCCCGCUGCAUUGUAUGGGGUGCAGAACAGGUGCAGGCCUCGGUCACCCUCGCCCAGCUCCAAUGCUUAAAUCGCCCUGGUCCCACUUCAAUGCUUUUCUUGGCAGAGCACAGGCUCUGGCAAGGUCGCCCCUCCUCCUCCCAGUGGCCUAGAAUAUGCGGAGCGCCUGCAGUUUCCGACGCUGCCGCGCGGGGCCGCUAUUGCACCCGGCGAGCAGCCGGCAGCUUCCUGCGGGGCGGCGGCUGGGCUCCCACCUCCACCACCCGGCGUCCGGGCGCCCCCCAGGACCCAGGACCGACCGCCUAGUACCGUUACCAGCGCUAUUGACUGUUGAGAGUUCAAAGUCAACGCAAAGAUUCCAAGCUUUCUGGGUGGCUGGCUGUGCCAUUCCGCAUUCCCAACAGUAAUGAAUAAGUAAUAGAGUUUCUCGGAGCAGAACCCUCAGGCCAGCUGCUGGCCACCCAGAAAAUAAACCAAAACAGGAAGUCAGGGGUGAUUGGAGGAGCCACCGGCCUUGGAAAGAGGACAGCAGAUAGGAUCCAGGGAUGUAAGGCCUCACCUAGACAGACCCGCCAGACGAGGACGUCCUUCAGGCUGAGGCAGGGCUCGAAGCGGCCCCGCACUAUCCUGAGUUCCUCGGUGUUUUUGUUGUAUCUCCACCUCGUGGUUGAUGGGCACCUGCCAUGUCCUGCUUGGCAAGAUCCAGGAGUCGAUCUCAGAGAACCUUCAUGUAUCUUGGACUCUCAGACUAACCUUGGGAAAGAGAGAGCGCAGAAAUCACUAGACCUUGGCCAUGAUCACUUCCUCCUUUCAAGCCUCUGUGGCAGUUCUUGCCCUGGUUACCCUGCAUGUCAGUGCCCUGGAUACAUUUAUAGCUGCCGUGUAUGAACAUGCUGUCCUAAGGCCAAAGGGCACAGAGACACCUGUUUCUCGGGACGAUGCCUUGCUCCUUAUGAACAAGAAUAUAGAUAUUCUGGAGAAAGCGAUAAAGCAGGCAGCUGAGCAGGGUGCUCAAAUUAUCGUGACUCCAGAAGAUGCACUGUAUGGAUGGAAAUUUACCAGGGAAACCAUUUUCCCUUAUCUGGAGGAUAUCCCAGACCCUCAGGUGGACUGGAUUCCAUGUCAAGACCCCCAAAGAUUUGGUCACACACCCAUACAAACAAGACUCAGCUGCCUGGCCAAGAACAACUCUAUCUAUGUCUUGGCAAAUAUUGGGGACAAAAAGCGAUGUAAUUCUCAGGACUCCACAUGUCCUCCUAAUGGCUAUUAUCAGUACAAUACCAACGUGGUAUAUGAUGCAAAGGGACAAUUGGUGGCACGUUACCACAAGUACCACCUCUACUCUGAGCCUCAGUUUGAUGUCCCUGAAAAGCCAGAGCUGGUGACUUUCAACACCACCUUUGGAAGGUUUGGCAUUUUCACAUGCUUCGAUAUACUCUUCCACGACCCUGCUGUGUCCCUGGUGAAAGACUUCCAUGUGGACACCAUUCUGUAUCCCACAGCGUGGAUGAAUGUUUUGCCCCUGUUGUCAGCUAUUGAAUUCCACUCAGCUUGGGCUAUGGGCAUGAGAGUUAAUCUUCUUGCGGCAAAUAUACACCAUGUGCAACAAAAUAUGACAGGCAGUGGUAUUUAUGCACCGCAUUCGCCCCGAGUAUACCAUUAUGAUAUGGAAACAGACUCGGGAAGGCUCCUUCUUUCAGAAGUGGAUUCGCGUCCCCGAACCUCUCCUGCCUACCCCACAGCUGUGGACUGGAGUGCCUAUGCCACAACCAUCAAACCAUUCCCAGUCCAGAAAAAUACUUUCAGUGGGUUUAUUUCCCGAGAUGCGUUCAACUUCACAGCACUUUUUGAAAAUGCAGGAAAUCUUACAGUCUGUCACAAAGAUCUCUGCUGUCAUUUAAGCUAUAGAAUGUUAAGAAAAGAAGAGAAUGAAGUGUAUGUUCUAGGAGCUUUCACAGGACUUCACGGCCGAAGGAGAAGAGAGUACUGGCAGGUAUGCACCAUGCUGAAAUGCAAAACGACUGAUCUGACAACUUGUGGACAACCGGUAGAAACAGCUUUGACAAGAUUUGACAUAUUCUCCCUAAGUGGUACAUUCAGAACAGAGUAUGUUUUUCCUGAAGUGCUACUUACUAAAGUUCACCUGUCACCUGGAAAAUUUGAGGUAGGAGGACUUGAAGAGUAUUUUUAUUUUAUCUGUUCUCUAAAGCCAAGCAAAAUAGGUUAUGGCAACUGUAUCACUUAAAUUUUACU